AUGAGGAGGAAACGGAGCAAACCGACGUCAACAGUCAUGGCAGAAAUCAGGGACAGUAAUGCUAUGAGAAAAGUUCCGCGGUCGUGCUGGAGUGAAGAAGCCGAGGAGGGUUUCGUCGUCCUCUGGCAGCAGCACCCGUGUCUCUUUGACGUCUCCAGUUCACACUUUCACAACAAAGACCAGAAAGAGAAAGCAUGGAGAGAUAUCGCCGACUGUCUUCAACAGCCUGUUGAGGAGGUGAAGACCAGAGCAGCGUCUCUACGUACCCAGUUCUCCAGGCUGAUAAAGCCAAGGCCAGGGAAUGAGGCCAAACCUCUGACCCCGAGGCAACAGUGGCUCCUUAGGGUCAUGGACUUCAUCAAACCAUAUAUUGUACACCGUCCAUGUGAGAUCACUCUUGACAUGCCACUGCGUGACCUGGAUGACUCCGAAGAGCAGGAGGAUCAUUCAGACUCAUUGGAGUUUUCCCCAUUUACAAAACCAGAAACACAAGCACCCAGUACAUCAGCCAGUAAGAGGAAGCACGAGCCGGACUGGCUCGCCUUCCUCAGAGAGUUCCAGGAGAGAGAGGAGGAGAGGGAAAAACGAGCAGAGGAAAGGGAGGACAGGCGACAGCGAGAGUUCCUGGAGAGAGAAGAGAGAAGGGAGAGAGAGAGGAGAGAGGAAGAGAGGAAGCACAAUGAGAGGAGGGACCGAGAUUGGAGAGAGUGGAUGGAAAGCUUAUUGAAAGAGGAACGGCGAGAACGAGACGAGAGAGAGAAGGAGAGUCGAGCCAGGGAGGACAGAUUAAUGAAGAUGAUCGAGUUGUUUUUAAUGAAAAAAUAAAACAUUUAUAUAUAUGUACAUAUGUAUGU